AUGAUCACAAAUAUCGGUUUCUAUUUUUACAGUGUGAUGAACACUCUGAUGCAGAUGGGUCCAAUGAUGGUAAUGGAGGGUCCAAAUGGUAUGCAUCAAGCGUUUCCACAACCAUCGCAACAUAUUCAACAACAACCGCCAAUCACUUCAAAUGUGGCGUAUGUCGUGGCUGUCAGUGUAAGCCGUGCGGACAGUGCACCUAUUGCCAAGAUAGCCCACAAUUCGGCGGACCAGGCGUCAAGAAACAGAGUUGUAUCGGAGAGGCAGAGAGACGCGCCCACAUUCAAGGCUCGUGUCGGAUGUAAUCAAUGUGAAGAUUGCAGAAUGCCCGAUUGUCAAAUUUGUCUAGUCUGUUUAGAUAAGAGAUUUUUCGAGAACCGCUAUAUGACGGGAGCGAUGUGUGCGAAGAAGCGUUGCAAUAACGCGACUAGUAUCGAAUUGCCAGCACAAUCGCCUCAAUCAAUGCACGAUUUCCAACAGAGACAGGCCCAAAAACGUGCCUACGAUCAAGGAGCACCGCCGCCCAUUCAUUUCGAGAUGAAACGUCGCGGAAUGGAGGUGAACUAUGGAAUGUCUAUGUCACAAUUACAAGGCCAUCAGCAACAAGUGCCACAAUCACUCGGACAUCCACACGCGCAGCAAAAUGCGCGCAUCCUUGCCAUCAAUCCAGCUGUGAACUAUGAGAUCACACCAAAUGGUGACCCGUUUAUACCACCCAGUUAUGCGCCGGAAAUGAAAAACGCCGUCGUACUGCAGCCCCUCUGA